GACUACCAAACAAGUCAUUCGUAUUUCGUAAUAACGCGAAUCUAACACGUACUAUCUUCAGCUUCGGUUGCCGGAACUACACAAUACUCCGAUGAAUACAAUCAGACAUUCAUGGCGGCGAUUAUCGCAUCUCUUCCACCGACACCUUCGACCCACUUCUUCUCUCUCCUCUACCACCUUCCAUUCCCAAACUCUAUCUCUCUCCUCUUCAUUUUCUCCUCGCCAUUUCAAUUUUCCUGCAAAUUUUCUCCAUGAUUUUUCCAAGCAAUCAUUCAAGCUUUUUUGCUCCGAAUCAUCAUCAAGCUCUGAAAUCCGACGAUGCUGGAACUGUAAUUCGUCUCCAACAACUUCGCAACUCUUUCUUGUUUGUGAUUCUUGCCGUUGUAUUCAACCUGUUGAUCGCUCUGUUGAUUAUUUUCGGAUUUUCGGAUUGCGCAAAAGGCAGCAAGGGCAGAACAGUCACAACACCAAGCAAGGGCCAACACAAGAGGAGGCAGAAAAUGGAAGCAGAGAACCGUUGGGAGCAGGGGAGACAGCCAGCUUUAGGGAGCGAAAAUAUGAUAUUGAGGAGAGUAGUUUGGAGGGCUUGUAUAAAGACUGGCAGAAAAAACUGCAUCCUGAUUUAGUUCAUUCAAAGUCUGAGAGUGAAAAGGAGUAUGCUGCUGAGCAAUCUUCUCGAAUAAUUGAUGCAUUCAGGACGCUCAAAAAUUCCUUGUCCAGGGCAAUAUACCUUAUGAAGUUACAUGGUGUACACGUUGAUGAAGAGCAGACUGUUUCAGAUCCCGAGUUGCUAGCUGAGAUUAUGGAGAUCAGAGAAUCUGUUGAAGAUGCUCCUGAUUCUCAGGCAUUAAAACAGAUUCAGGCAGAGGUACAUGAGAGAUUAAAACAAUGGUCCAAUACAUUUGCAGGAGCAUUCGAAAGCCAGGAUACCAAUGAGGCAUUAAAUGCCAUCCGUAGAAUGACAUAUUAUAUACGUGCCAAUGAGGAAAUUGUGAAACGUCUCUGAUAUUGUUCAUAUGUAUCUGAGAACUUGUAAACUGCAAGUUGAUUCUUCUGAAUAUUCUGAGCAAUUUCACUCAGAAGUCACAGAAUUGAAGAAAGUGGCCUGUUUUGAAAAGUGGAAGUAUUGUUUAGCAUAUUCAUAACAUAGAGGUUUAAGCUGAAGGGUUAAGACUUUUGAUGUAAUAAUGAACAGGUCAUAGCGAAAGAGGACAAAGAAGUCUGGUUUAGCAAAGGAGGCUGAAGACGUCUGAUUUAUACAACUUCUGUUUUCUCUCUGAAUAAUUUUUUUGUAGGAAGUAAGAGAUCUUCUCCAUUUAUCGUUUAAAGUCGAUUCUCUUUGAACUUUGAUGCAAUAUAUUUCCUUCGAUUCAAAAACAUAUUCUUGCUAAUUCAGCUACAAGCCUACAACUAAUAAAGCAGG